CCGAUACCGGAUGAAAUGAAUAGGUAGAUAGAAAACAAAUACUCAAGAAAUUAAACCAUCAUUUUAUAGUGCUACAGAGACCAAGACAAUGCCCCUACAAGAUGAAAACACCAACCCACAGAGAAAGAGAAACAAUUCACUCAUUCCUAUCGAGCUCUUGAACAACAGUGGUGAAGGUGGUCGAGAGUGUGCUGCACUUGCGACUGUCUUUGGUGUACCUGAAUAUGUUGAUUCAAAAAUCUUUUGGGAACGACAACAAUACCAACACGAAGGUCUAUUACCAAAGAAACAAGUAACUAGACCUGGAACGCCAUCCGAUAACAGUAAAUACGGCCAUGUCUCUGUCAACCAUAUCUCAGUAGUGAAACGACCUAUUGGCAAAGUAUCUCAGGAAGACAACGACGCCAUGAACAACAACGCCAUAUUACAGCACGAUAUUCGAUCCAAGUUUGUUAUCUCGUCCUACGUUGAUUCUGUUUUGGAUCCAGUAGGCUCUAAUGAGCUAUUACGAUCUCCAUCCCUUGGUACCACAUCUACAUCAGCACCUAUUCCUACACCAUCUAAAAGUUUCUCAUUACCACGUAUUCCCAAUGUCAGUAAAUUCAACGAUAUCUUGAUUGAAGACGAAAAUGGGAUUGAUAUCAUGCUACCAGCCAAUCCUUCUUCUAUUCUGCUUCAUUCUACAACACCUAUCAUUCGAUCUGGCUCUAUUUCAUCUGUACACAGUAACUAUACACUCCCUUCUCUACAGAAACAACAAGACAUAAAAGAAACCCAAGUGAUCAUAGGUUCGCCCGAGAUAUUUGAUUUGAUCAUCUCGGAUGAAGAUGAACGCUUUAUCAUUUGGGGGCCCGAUCCAAUUGCCCUUUCUUCUUCUAUGGCCACCACUACUUCUCCCGAAAGACCAUCAUCAUAUGCUACCUUGUACAAUAAUCAACACACACGGCCCGAAUUAAAAGGGUUUUCUUCAAAUACAACAUCGACUUUAGUAACCAGUAAAUCCAGUAAUCAUAUCUCCAAAGAACGUAAGCCUAGCUUUGCUUCGGUGCGUUUAUCAGCACAACUCUUAUCUGAAAACCUGAAAUUGGGUAGAUCCACCAAAUCCUCAGACAACAUGAAUGAUCAUGCUCAACACAGUUCCUUUCUGUUAAAGAAAGCAUUUGGAUUGAAAAAGAGCAAUAACAAGAAAUCAGUAAAGGAUCAAGAGAUGGAGUCACAAAAGGAUAUUCCUAAAGUGAUUGAAGCAGCCACGAUUCAUAAGCUUGUUGAGAAAUUGACAAACACUUUAGAUUAUACGUUUAUGACGGACUUUUUUUUAACCUACAGAGACUUUUUAAGUUCUAUUGACCUCUGUCAGCUUUUGAUGUCUCGGUUCUAUUGGGCUUUACAAAACGAUGAAGAAACAAGAAGAGUUGUUAGAAUUAGAACAUUUGUUGUCCUUCGUCAUUGGCUCAAUAAUUAUUUUGUUCAUGAUUUUAUUGGUAAUCGUUCAUUGCGAGUGAUUCUAACCGAGUUCUUGAACCAGCUCCCGCGCCACCCACUCGUCAAGGAGUCUCCACGCGAUCAGCGCAUUGUAAAGAUAUUAAAGCGUGUUGUACGACGUUUAAAAAAAUUGUACUACAACCGAUCUUCAGGAGCAUCGCGCGUCAAGGUCAUUGCCCCUCCACCCCCUACAGCCGAACAAGAACAGAUGGGUGAAAUUGUCAGAGCCAAACUCUCUCAGAACGUCAUUCGUCGCAAGACAACGUUGGGUGUGGACAUGAGUAGUCAUCAUAAUGGUAAUAUGGCAGUGCAAGAUGCUCGUUAUGCUCGUGUGGUGGUGGUAGGUUCCUUAAAGAGUACUCUUGUAGAUUCACCUACUGUGGAUACGCUCGCUCAUCGACUUUCACAUGCUUCUGCUCAUGACAUUGUAGUUCCUGAAGCGAACGGAUUUGAUGAUGGUCAAUCGCAUCAAUACAAUAAAAGCGUUCAUGAAUCAAGUAUGGCAGAACCACAUGCACCUGUAGAUGCUAGUUCAAUGAUCAGUGUUGCUUCAGACGAUUCGCUUGAAAGCGAACUGAGUGCUGGUGAAACAGUGCCAAACGAAUCAGACGAGUCGGACGAAGAUGAAGACGAAGAGGAGGAGGAUGGAUUACACCAAACAGGAGACCUUGAUCGACACUGGUUACAGGAACAACAAGAAACCUUAGCUUACUUCCAACCAGUAGCCAAUGAACAUCCUGUGCCUUUUGAUGCACCUGAUGUACCUACAACUGAAUUACCUCCCCCGUCAGUGGACAAAGCAGAUUUGACAAGCGAGAAUUCAAUGCCAACAACACCUACCAGUAUAUCCAAGACAGGUAUUCGUCGUGUGCCUUCAGAAAGAUGGUGCAAAUCAGAUGGUGAAUACAGUAGAUCAAAGAACAAGCAGACAGUGGACGCUACUCUACCUGAUGAACUAUUGAAAGAACUUAGUGGAGAUGAAUUGAGUGGCAGCCGAUCACCUGUUGGACUGGCAAGGAAAUUGUCGAGGAAAAGCAUUGAAAAGCGCAAGAGUGAAAAGAACUUGCAUGAUACUGAAUCAGUGGGUUGGUCUUCUGCACCUUCAUCUACUACAACGUCACCUUAUCUAACAGCUACACAUGCUGAAGAUAUUCCAAAAGUACCUGAAUUGCCCUCAUCUCUAGAAGUUGUUAAAAAGAGCCCAAGCAAGACACUCAAAAAGAAGAAAGCAGGAUCAAAGAAGAAAGCAGCUCAAACCACUGAUAUGAAUGAACUCGAGGCAUUUGCUUCUAUUCCUUAUGAAGCUACCAUGGCACCUGAUGCUAAACCAAACACAACUACAAAAGAAGACAACGUGCCUAAGCGUAGACUAUCUAAAGUGCUUUCCAAGGUGUUGAGACCUCAUAGUGUUGUUGAAAAUGAAAAGACACAAAUCAAAGAAAACGAUAAUCAAGCUCAAACUGAGGUAGCUAACAACGAGGUUAUUCCAGGAGAUCAAGAGGCAAAGCAAGAAGAAGAAGAACAACAAAAACAGCAUGGUGGUCAAUUGGUCAAUUUGAUUGCCCAACGAUUAAGACAUAGUAGUGUAGAUGAAGACAAUACAGAAGAUAACAAGUGUGAUUGUGCCCAUUGUUCUGGCAAUAAACAUGGAUCCAAUAUCACUUGUCGUCGAUUGAGCAUGAUGUUAAUUGCAGAUGAAGAACGUAGACUCAGUCUUGAACUGAGAAGAAAGAGAGGGGCUAGCAUUGAUUUGGAUCAACAUGCUAGGGUAAACCAAUUGAAUAACCCUUUUCAUCAAGAUGCCAAGCAAGCUAAAGAAGCCCAAUAUGGUCCUGUCUAUUUAGGCAAUUUACAAGCAAGAUCCUUGAUUGAAUCUACAGUAGAUCAUCCUCAACAUGAUCCAGAUACCUCUGAUGAUGAUGACGAUGGCACAAGCUGUGCACCUUCUGAAAGAUCAAUCCAAACAGAAGCACAAGCUAGUUCGAGCCGUGCUCGUAUGUCUUUUCUUUCAGAUGUCACAUCCCAUGGUCCUAAAUCUAAAAUGAUUGAAGUCGGUAUUCCUCCUGUGUUACCUGCCUUAGAAACCACGAUGACUGAAAAUACAGAUAUUCAGACUAUUCCUCGAUCUUUAGGUCCAGGCAUGGUGGACAGUCACCACGGCCGAUGCUUUAUCAUGUCCUACAGAACCAGUUUGUUAGCCAGUCAAUUAUGCUAUGUAGAGAGAGAUGUGCUAGUCAAAGUAGGUUGGGAAGAACUGAUUCACUGUAAAUGGACAAAAAUGGAUGCCUGUGGUAAUAUCACCACUGACUUGUUCUCUCACGAACAGCAGGCGUUGAAUGAAGACUACAAUGAUAAGCAGAUCAAUUAUACACGACAAACAGAACAGAGACGAAUUCAAGAGCAAGGUAUUGAACAAGUCAUCCAGAGAUUCAAUACUGUCUGUCAAUGGGUUGCUUCAGAAAUUGUGAGAACAAGAAAUAUUCAUGAACGUGUCAAGUUAAUCGAAAAGUUUAUUCGCCUUGCUAGAAAAUGCCAAAUGUAUUCCAACUAUGCUACCUUGCUUCAGAUCUUAUUAGGUCUGCAAUCACCCGCUGUUGCCCGUCUUGAAAAAACAUGGUCCAAAGUCAGCACAAGAUGUCAAAAGCAACUCAACAAACUUACAGAGUUUACAUCACCUAUGAAGAACUGGAAACAUAUUCGAGACAGCAUGACAGAAGUAGCUGAAGAGUACGGUAAUUCACCCGCUGAAGUGCAAGUUGAAUUACCAGGCACUACCUCGCAUAAACACAAGUUUAAAAAGACACGUAUUAAGAUUCCCUUUGGUGGAUGUAUUCCCUUCUUGGGUAUUUACUUAUCUGAUCUUGUCUUCAAUUCGGAAAAACCCCGAUACUUAAAACCCAAUCUGGAAAAUCAAAGAAUCUAUAAUGUAAACAAUACUAGACAUUUACCUGAUUGUCUUGACCAACCUCUUGUGAAUUUCAGGAAAUAUCGUGUGAUUGCUACUGUAAUCAAAAGAGUCUUGACUUUCCAAGGAUUGGCUAUGCGUUAUUCUUUUGAUGAAGAUGGCUUCUUACUGGAAAAGUGUAGAAAUCUUCAAGUAUUAGAUGCAUCCCAAAUUAGAGAACUAAGUAUUUCUCUUGAAUAGACUCUUUAUAAAAUUAUCUCUCCUUUAUUCUUAUUAUUACUAUUCU